AUGAAACGAACAGGUGCUUACAAAUUGAUAGAUAAACUAGAUGGAAUUCAUCGAACUGCUAGUCAAACAUGUCUAGCCGAUAUUGUCGAACAAGUAGAAAUCAAAUUGGAUAAUUUACUUGAUUCAAAAUGUAUCGACGAAGUACACUAUAUGAAAAUGAAUAUUAGUCGAUUAUCGGUUCGAAUGCAUUAUCUUUAUUUUGAACCAGAAAUUCACAAAGUAUGUGUUAUACUGCUCUUUUAUUUUGUUUCUAUUAUGAUUUGUAAUGA